UCACGCUCACGUCAGUCAUCUCUCCCGUUACGAAGACGACGACACCGACGACACGAUGAGGAGAAACACGUGCUCCGUUGCGCUCCGCGUAUCUGGCGCUGUGCUUGUAUUGGCGAAAUUAUGUCACUGUAUGAUAUCCCAUGGCACGCAGAGAUAUGUUCGACAUACUGACUCAUGACUUGUUUCUUGUGCAGUUUUUUUCUCUCGCUCUUCACUUUCGGUCCAUAGUUGGUUGGGCUGGUGGAAAAUCCAACCACAUUCAGUCAGAAAAUUUCGAAACACGGAAGUGAAAAGUCUGUAUUUUUCUGGUUGUAAAUUCUUUGAUUGUGCUUCGACACUGCCAGCUUCUUCCUUGAGAAAGCGACCCCGAUUUGGCGCCCAGGUUUGACCGCACAUAUUCCUGGUGGUGGUUAAAAAGACGGCUCCACGAACAUGAAUGAAUUCCUCCGCAGUUCCAGCGAAGUGACAGAUCCAUAAACAGCGAAAAAAAAUUCGCGGUUCAUUUGUGGUUGUAAGCAUCGAUCUGGUGUGUCUCCAGUCGUCGUCGAGCGUCUUUAGCAAAUGUUUCGGAAAGCGGAAGAGCACGCGGGCGGGUGUCACUAGCUGUCAGACCGGUGGCGAACGAUUUACUCGACGCUGAAGUGUCAAAACAAAGCAACCAACCAGCCAGUAAUGUUUUGUUCAUCGGUUGCUAGGGGAUGCGUUACGGAUAUUGUUGCAUGAGUCUCCCGUCUGCUGAUCGGCGGCGUGUGUCGCCCAUUUACGAGCAACUCUGUUCCGACUGCUCGGCUGCUGCUGCUUGUAACUGGAUGUCGGCCACUUGUUGCACCGAAAACUGACCAUCGGAUUGAUGUUCUCAAGUGCUUUUUUUCUACAGCUAUUUUGGCACUACCAAGGAUUUUGAAGCGAGAUUCACGAACGAAAUGAAAUUCAGAGUAGCAUUAGAUUGAGAAAUUUCGAUACUGAAGGAAAAGAUUACAUCAUCAAUGUGGUACGUGUAAAUUGUUCGAGCUGACUUGAACGGGGUCGAUAUCAACUCUUAAGAAAAAUGCAAAAAGAGCACGUCUUCAAUUCACGUAGAAUGCCCGCCUACUGAUGCUGAACGAAGAAAUCAUAAACAUCUGCUUCAAGAAGAACAAAGAGUACUGGAAAAGAACAAGUCACUUCAACAACAACAACAAAAAUACUGGUUACAAAUGCAUUUGACCUGAUAACAGCAGUGAGUAAUGCACUGGUGAUUCAACGGUUCCCACGGGUAGCGGAUUACGAACCAGUAACACAUAAUUUACUGCCGAAUCAGCCGACAGGCUACAAUCCUCGUUAAGCCGAUUAAUCUGCUCAAGUGUCGAACGGUUUUUUUCGAUAUCACUUCAUUGAUAACGACGUAUACCGUCUUUGAUAGAAAAAAAACGCUUGUUUUCGUUUGCCUUCCCACCAAAACAUUCGGAACACUUAACCCCUCUUCAUCCACGGUCAACCGUUCGGAACAAUAGCGGCUCUAAAGACUCCGGUGACGACCAGUACCGAUACUUCUCCGUGCAAUGGUUCAAGGACUACCAGCAGCUGAUUCCGUCUGAGAUCUCCAGCAGCAGCCGGUCGGACAGCAUUCGUUUCGGCAUCGCGGUGGUUGUGGUUCAUCCUUGAGGAAUGCUGUUGAUGAAGGAAUCACUGAUUUCGAUACGUUCAUGGAAUUGAAUGAGGCAGAUUUUGUCCGGCUACGUUUAAAAACAAAAAUUAUUAAAAGUAUUCAGCGCAUUCAAAAGGAAUUAAAAAGUAAUUCGAUAGUAGAGGAGUUGGAGAUAAAUAAACAAAUAUCCGAUUUUGAAGAAAAAGAACAAACCGGAAAUACUGAAAGUGACGGAGACAAUGGAACAAAUUCGAUUGACGAACCAUAUAGAGACAUUUUUUUAGAAGAGGAAAUUAAUAUCGACAAAAUAUUCAAGCGAACUCGAGCAGGCAAAGAUAUUAUAGAGAUUUUAAAAGAAGGUGCGAAGCCUUCAGACGGCUGUUUGAAGUCCAUAAACAACAUUCUUUGCGAAUUUCUAAAAUCAACAUAUGGCCUGCGUCCAUCUUCAUACCACAAGAAUAUGUUGGCAAUGUCCCUGGUGAAAUCGUAUCCUGUAUUAGCAUCUUCUAAUGAUUCUGUCCCACAAGCACUGUGGUUUCAUCCCCAUGCAAGAGGACUAAAUAAACAUUCAGGCAGGCUGCAUUAUCAUAUGGAGUACCUGGUACGUAAAUCUAAUGAACGACUCAUCCAUCGGAAGAAAAAAGUAUCUACUUCAGAAAACGUUGACUUAACAUGUAUGAUAAAUACAGCAUCCGAAGAUCAAAUAGAGCAAAUGAGAAGCGAAUUAAAAUUCAUCUGUCCAGAACCAGCAACAAAAGAACGAGUUGAGGAACUUUGGAUGGCUACGUUCCAAGAUCGGCAGAAUAUACGUAAGACCGAUAACCUGUUAUCUUAUUUAAAAGACUAUCCGGCUGCAUCAGCAUUUAAUGGGAAGUUGAUCACCACAGAGUUCGGUCUUCUUAAUCCAGGAUGUUUAAAUUUUGGGGAAAAGUUUCAGUCUGUUCAGUGCCAAAUUGUCACAGAAUUUAAUGAAUGUUUCCGACACAUCACUAACGAUUUCUUGAGGGCUCUAGCUAUAAUUCGGAUGAAAAAUCCGAGUCGCGGAGCAAAACGAUUGCGUGUAUCCGGCGCUGCCAACGAUAAUCCUCUCCAGGGCAUCUUAGAAUGGUGUCAGGUAAUAUAAUACAGUAUAGAAUUUCAUCGAAAAUUUUUAUACAUCACAGGAUGACAUCCUUCCGCAAUCAUAUGACGUACCCACAUUGCACAUUAAAGGAGACAUGUUUGCGGACAUCUCUGAAGCAUUUAUAAUCUGGAGAAACUGGAACCUGAAAAUAAGUGGCGACUAUCAAUAUUUAUUCAAGAUACUGGUUGAGUGCUACAAUGUGGCGAAAGUCGACUGUCGUCCUUCGGAUAAAAAUUUUUUUAUAUUUAUAUAUUCGCUCAUGGGCAUUGCUGCCUUAACAACGACGGGAGAAAAUUU